AUGUCAAGACGUACGGGAUUGAUAAGUCACCAGGAUGAUAAUGGAUUAUUAUACGUAUUUGUUCCAGGUAGACAUCGUGAUCUGGUAAUUGAUGAACGGAAAACACCGAAUGAUGAACAGUGCUUUCAUAUUGGUGAUUUUAUAUCAUUUGUCGAUAUUAAUGGUUCCAUCACAUCACCAACCCGGACAAAUAAAUUGCUCGAAACAUUUCUCCUGAAUAAUCGUCUACAAGUGAAAGUUUCGGUAGCGUUUCCUCCAGAAAAACUCUCUAUACGAGCCCAAUUCACCACAUUUACUACCUAUCCUCAUAAAAUUCUUGCUUGGUCUCCGGACUUCGCAUUUAUUUGUUGCUCUCCUGAUGUUGCAAAAGAAGUUUGUAGGAACAAGAUGUAUAAGGCUUGGAUUGAAAGAGUUCCAAGGAUGACCGAAAGUAUUGCUGGUAUUUCCGUAUCAUGGCAAAUAGUGGACGGUGUUUUGGAUGAAUGUGAUGAGCAAAGCAAACGACUUAUCAGCAAAGCACCAUGGAAUCGCAAGAAAAACAGUCAGCUUUUCCGAACUAUCCCUUGUUCUGAUCAUCCGCACAAAAUGCAAGAAACACAACUCCGCAAUCCACGUCAUUUCGUUGCAUCACUGAAAAAAUAUAUCGAUAAUUACGAAGGCUUAGUGACAGCAGUGCAUGAUUCAAGCGCAGUAGUGUGGUCUUUGGCAAUACCAGAUAGUGAGGUGAAUUUUCGAGCUAAUCUCGAAUAUAGUUGGGUGCCAGACUAUUCGAAUCAUCGGCCAUCUGUGCGUCCUUAUCUUGGCUGUUAUUUACAUGGAAAAAAGUUUGAAAUAAUCGACCCAGUACUUUCAGCACAAGCCUUCAACAAUACAGUUCAAGUAGAAAUUACGACGACUGUUGCGGUUAAUAAUUUAAAAUAUUAUCCGACUGGUGAAGUGACUCUUGAAACUGAAAUUCUUGGAGACGUGGAAUUCGGACAGGGGAAAUUUCGACAAAAUUACUGCAAUAGACGUUUGUCUUUGCUUACCUGCAAAAACAUACCAUCUAAGCGAACUGGUGCUGUUUGGCAAGUGUUUAGCGUGUUAAAUGAGGGAUGUGCAGAAUUCACGCAACAAUCAAAUUCAGUUAUAAAUUUUUCAAAUAUGAAUGAUAAUCCUUAUAAGGAAUUUGUUUCCACGAAGAAAAAUGAAUGUAAUGCGAAAGUUGAAAUAAACGAUGAUUGUCACUUCACUGAAAUUAAGUUGCAUCAACCAGAUCUUUCAUCGGAUUUGCCGGGAACUGCUCAAAAAGUAGUUGACGACAGCUUUUAUUCGGACUUUUGUAACGAUAAUGUAUUUGAUAAUUGUGAUGUGGAUAAUGUUCAAACAGAAGAAGAAUAUGAUCCGUUAAAAGAGCCAGCUUUCGGUGCUGUACAACCUCAUGUUCUCCAAAUUAAUUCGUCAGUAUGCAGCAGUGGCAUAGACAGGCCCGAUACGCUAGGCAACUGGAAUACUGGUUUGAAUGAGGAAAUCUCUGAAGAUGAGCAGGAAAAGUUGGAUAAUCGAGCAACAGAAUACUGGAUACGAGCAUGGCAAAUACCAGGAGUCCGUCAGCAAAUUAAGGAAGCAGACAUGAUAUUGCAUGCAAACGUUAUGCAGCUAAUGACGGAUCUCGGUGCAAGAACUGGUGAAGACAAUCUGGAAAAAGUUCUCAAACCGUUAUCGAAUGACGGGCGAUAA